AGCGUCAAGCAAACAAAACCUGAAAUUGGACACUGAACACAGUGGAAACACACAAUUCGAUUAUUUUCGAUAACUUUUUGACUUGAUACGUAAUGUUUGUGUGUUGAGAUGCCAUCACUAUAAAUGAUAAACAUAUGGAACAAAAUAUUUACAACCAUCUCUAAUUUGUGAUUUUAUUAACAUACGAUUGAAGAUGAUAAAAGCCAUACUAGUAUUUAACAAUCAUGGGAAGCCACGAUUAUCAAAGUUUUACCAAUAUUUCGAUGAGAAUCUACAACAACAAAUCAUUAAGGAGACAUUCCAACUAGUAUCCAAGCGCGAUGACAAUGUUUGCAAUUUUCUGGAAGGCGGCAGCUUGAUUGGCGGAGCAGAUUACAAGCUGAUAUACCGGCAUUAUGCGACACUGUAUUUCGUGUUCUGCGUCGACUCCUCGGAGAGCGAAUUGGGUAUCCUCGAUCUGAUCCAAGUAUUUGUCGAAACGUUAGACAAGUGCUUCGAGAAUGUGUGCGAAUUGGACUUAAUAUUCCAUGCCGAUGCCGUCCAUCACAUACUCUCCGAGCUGGUGAUGGGCGGAAUGGUGCUGCAAACGAAUAUGAACGAUAUAAUGGCACGGAUUGAGGAACAGAAUAAGUUGAUCAAACAGGAGGCGGGCAUAUCGGCGGCGCCAGCUCGCGCGGUUAGCGUUGUGAAAAGCAUGAACAUUCCCCAGCAAAUUAAGGAUAUCAAACUGCCAGACUUGCCACAAGCUAUAAAGGACUUGAAAUUUUAAUAUAAUAAUUGUUCCCAAUUAAGGUCUUAACCGUCGCUAGAAAUGUAAUUCUCAAAUGUGUAACUUUAAGUACAAAUAGAUGAAAUCUAAUUUAAUAAAAGAAAGACCGGCGUCAAGCAGCCGGCAUCUAAGCUUUGGUCCAAA